AUGUCUAUAGAGGAGUUGAUUGGGAGACUCAAGGUGGCCGAGGAGCAGUACGGCCUCAACGGCGGUGGGGGAGGUGGCUCUCUGGCGCGCCUGAACCUCACCGAGGAUGAGCUGGGCUCGGGUGGCGACAACGGGAGGUCAUCCUCAUCAUCAAGCCAGCGCCGUGGGCGCGGUGGCCGUGGCCGCAAUGGAGGUCGUGGUGGCGGUUCUAGACCACCCGCCGGCGGCAACGGUGGCGCUGGUGGCAACAAGAUGAAGGGUCGGCCGCUCGCCGACGACGAGUGUGCCUACUGCGGCAAAACGGGUCACUGGGCCCACGAAUGCCUCAAGAAGAAGAGGGACGAGGUGGCGCAUGCCGCUCAGGCCAAAGAGGAGGCUGCGCUCAACCUCGUUGUAACGUCGCUUGACGCCGAGGAGACUCCGAGGGAGCUAUGCACAAUCCUAGAGGAUGAGGAAGGCACGGCGCAGGCGCGCUGGGUGUUCGAGGAGGGAGACUCACACCCUUCGCCGUUCACCCGUCUAGUGGUGAACUGGGUCCUGGAGGAGGACAGCGCCCCGACGCCAUUCGUGGGUGUGAUCACGGCGAGUAUCACCAAGCCGGAGGCGGUCCAUAUCCGUGAAGACAAGCUGUUCGUGUAG